AUGAGUACGACCAAUAAUGUUUUUUCUACUAUAGUUCCUUCAGUGGGUUAUGUACAAACGGAUAGACUUCAGGCCAAGGAAUUACAAUCGAUUAAGGAUACACACAUUAUGUUGGCAAAAAUUG